AUGUUAGGUGUGGCUGUCAUGCCAUUAUUAUGUCAGUCUACAUCUUUCAGCUCUAUGCAGGAAAAUGAUUUUUACCGUCUGAGCAGGAUGGCUUCAAAGGACACUGAAAACCCAGAAAAGAUUGCUCUCUCGUCCCCUGGCUCUGAGACGGUGCUACGGCAGGGUCUACUCUUCGGCAAGCUGCCUCACAUGAAGGAUUGGACAUUGUACAACCUCCAAGUUACCCCCACCCACCUACACAUCCUGGAUGAGAAUAUACGAAGUUUGAAGCUUGAAAGCUCAGGCAUGAUGGUGGGAGAGGAUACAAAGAACAAGAGGGAGUUUUGCUUCUACCUCUUCAAAUUAGGACAUGGAAAGCACACAUUUAUGUGUGACAGUCCUAGUGACAGAAACUCUUGGAUUUCUCAGCUACAGAGUGUUAUUGAUGACAAGAACAAAAACAUAGUGAAGAAGGAUCUUGACAUAUUAUCAUCUAAUACGCCUGACCGCUCCACGUUUGAACGAGGGGGGAGCACUAUUAUCGGCAAAUCUACUACCAAUCUUCAGACACGUGUACGUGCAUGGAAAUCAUCAGUGGUAAAGUUCUUUCAAGCCAAUGAUGUAAAGGAGGUCAAGAUAGCUGAGAGGCGUAUACAUAGUUGCCCUACAGUCAAGAUUUAUUCUGCCCCUAUGAAGAUGAGUAGCUCUAGUUUCCCUGUGAGUGGGGACGGUCAGUUUGUGAGGGGCGGAGAAUUUUUCAAAAGAAGUGAUGGUAUGUAUGAGAGACUCCCUUUACAAGAACGUCUGAAGAAGCAGCAGAAGAGAUCACGAGAAGAAUCUGCCAGAGCAGAUCGACUACCUCAUCAGGACGACCUCCUGGAUAAGAGGAACAGUGGGUUUGGCUCAUUUAUUAAGACAGCCACUAAGACCCCGGUACCACUACUCAUACCUAAGAGAAAGCCGUUAACUGAAGACAGGUAUGGACUGAUUAACCUGAUUCAGGCAGAGAAAGACUAUCUGGGAAGUCUUGAGCGACUUAUCAGUGGCUACCUGAAAGAGAUGCAGAGUCCCAAUCUUCCAGACUCACUCAAGGGGAAAGAGAAACUCAUCUUCGGGAAUAUUCAAGAAGUGUACGAGUUCAGCAAGAUGUUCCUUGGUCUGUUGGAAGAGAGCAGUGGUUCUGUGGAGAAAACUGCCAGCUGUUUUGUAGAACAGGCCCAUCAGUUACAGUCGGUGUAUACAGAAUACUGUGCGAAUGUGCCAAGGUCAAGGUUCACUAUCCAAAGGAGCGAAGAAACUUUUUUUAUGGAAGUGCAAACCAGGCUCAAUGAACAAGUUGACAUAUAUUCCAUCCUUCUGGUGCCCAUGGAGAGAUUCCUUAGUUACUCUGAUGUACUCGGUACAAUGCAAAAAGCAGCAAAGACGGCUCAACUGGACACUCCUAUUCUGACAAAGGCUCACUCACUAAUGGUGGACAUUAGAAGAAAAGCUAAUAACACUUACACCCUUAAUAUAAUUCGUGGCUAUGAUGGAAACAUUCACUCUGGAGAGCUGAUAGAACACGAUCUUUUCAAUGUUAAGGAGCACUCUCUAACAACAAAGCAGUAUUACGUGUUCCUACAAGAGAAGGAAAUUAUCUUUACAGAACCACCAAAUGCUGAUGGAUGUGAAUUUAAAUUUGCACUAGAAAUGCAAAAUGUGUGGCUGAGAGAGAACUGUGUAGAGACUCAGAAGGUUGGCAUUGCCGAUUAUCCUAUUGAUCCACUUGGUUUUUCCCUGGGUACAGGAUCGGUGGAAUCUCAAGGAUUGUUCUACGUCUUAAUUGCAACCUCCGCUGAGGAGAAGGAACAAUGGGUGCAGAGUAUCAAAGGGAUUCUCAAAAAGCAAUCCGAGCUGCUCCAAGGUACAGCAGAAGAACAAGAGUACACGAGGAAACUAGACAAGCUUAUGAAUUCCAAAGAAAAGAUUGAUCUUCAUUAUCUCAAGAUGUACUUCAUAGGUCCAUCCGGUCUCGGCAAGACAACCACUCGCAAACGUCUAACGGGAUUUUUCACGAACCUCGAAUCAAUACCGGAGGAGAAACGUGAGCGAUGCAGCACCUACCUUGCUGAGUGUACUCAAGCUCUGGCUGUGGUUGGGGAUUCUCCCCUUAAUUUGUUUCUCAAGACCUCUGAGACCCUUGACGAAGAAGCCCAACUCAUAUUUUUGUACUUGUAUGGAAGCAAAGUGAGUGAAGCAGCUAAAGAAAUUGAAUCCACUAUCACAAAAAAGAUCCAUAAAUCGUCAACUUCUGCUCAGUUAAAGAAAACGCCUGUACACCCAAACCCGAGUGCACACACUGUGAAAAAUAUGAAAUCCCCAUUUGAGAAAGAGGAAGUGAAAGAAGAGGAGGAUAAGAAAGAAAAAGAAGUUCAAAUCAUUACGGUUGAUGUUGAUCAGGUCAUCAGCAGGCUGCGGUCAAUUGUAGGCUCAGGCAAGUACGUCGAGCAACUGCUAGGCAAAGUGUUGAUCAAUAUUGUCGACAUUGGAGGCCAGCCUGGCUUCAUAGAGAUGUUUCCAUUCCUGAGCAAAGGCCCGGGGAUUUUUUUGACCUUCUUUCCUUUGGACAAAGAUCUCGAUGACCCUUGUGAGGUAUCAUACGAACGUGAUGGCGAGAAGAUUACUCCGUACAAAUCAUCGUACACCAUUCGACAAACUGUCUCACAAAUCCUCUCUGCUAUCAACCACUACGGCACUGUUGAUUCAGACAUAGACCAAGAGCUCUCUCUUAGAAUCGGCAAGCUUGGUUUGGCUAAACCAGUUGCUUCACUCAUUGGCACUUUCAAAGACAAGCUUGAAACACAGGUCAAAACUGAAAUCCUCUUUGAAAAGCUAGCUACUGAGGAUGUGGGAACUGACAAAAGUGUCAUCGAAGAAGCGAUCAAGCAUGCUUUGAACAAAGACUCACAGUCUGACAAUCAGGAAGAUACCACAAGUAGCCUUCAGAAAGCUGUCAAUGAACACCUUGUUUCCGAAAAUUUCAAAGAAGAAGUCAAACAACGUUUAGAACAGAACCUACAAGAGAAGAACGAAGCACUCAGAACAAUUGCCUGCAACUUUGAGCAUUUGCUCUCCGCCCCAACAGAUGAGCAACACUUUAUAGCUGUUGACAAUUUCGGCGGCCUGGACGAUGACAUCAACCCACUUAGAGAGCAUCUUCAAGACAUAUUUCAGAGCUUCUUCAGUAACGCUAAACUACCAAUUCAUCCAUCUCAGCUUCUUCUCGGAGUUGUGCUGAGAAAGGAGUAUGACAUCGUUUCAAUGGAGGACUGCAUUCGGAUCGGCCAAGCACUUAACAUGUCAGAGGAGGAUGUGCGAUUCACUGUGUGGUACUUGGAUCGUUAUGUGGGGGCAUUGAUAUACCAUCCUGAAAUCAAAGACAAGUGGUUCAAGGGCUAUGUCAUCUGCAGUCCACAGGUUGUUUUGACAGUACCAGCAUUCUUGUUGUCGAGUCACUACUGGAGGUUCAUUCCCAAUCAAAAAGUUUGCGUCGCAUCCGAUUCACGAAAGCUGAAAGGAGGAACUGGACAGAGAAGGGGCAGUUUUCAAUGGGAACUAUCGAGCGAUGCCAUUCCGAGGAGAGCAAGAAGAAAGUACGAGAAGGCAAGCUAAUUCCUGUUGACAAGCUUCUUAAGUUACUUGAGCAUUCGCAUCUACUGGCACCGAUCACAGUGAGGAAGCCAGGAAGCGAAGUGGUAGAAACCCUGUACUUCAUUCCCGCCAUCUUGGAGUGUGCUUCAUCUAAGGAGCUUCAGACACC